UUUUCUGCGAACCUGAUCGACUAGAGGUCUUUUGUACUUGUGCUUGGUACAUUAUAUAGAGACAUAACUUUUAUUCGUCACCUCACACAACUUUUAUCCAGAUUUGCACUCUUUGUUCCUGUAUGUUGUGUCCAAUUAGGUUUAGCGUAAUUGCCCCGCAGUUGCAUUUUCCCGCAAUACACGCGCGUUUGCGCUUCUUUUACCCGCCGGAUCCAGAGAAAAAGAAAAUUCAUAACUUUUUUUUUUCUCAACCACCGAGCACCGAAUACCACACCACACCAACACAGCAUAUCACCAUGCCACCAAAAGCUGCACCCCGUAGAGGGGCAGCAAGCGCAUCCUCCUCAACGCGCCCACAAACAGAAAAUCCAAAUCCAUCCGCACCAAAUGCCUCACGACCAACCCCCGCCCCGAGUGCGGGCAGAACAGCCGCCGGCGCAGCACCCCGCGCACCCGUCCAACGCUUGCAAACCCUCAACAAACGCACCCCAACAGGCAGCAUAGCCCCCGCCGCCCGAACCUCCGCAACGCCCGGCCCCAGCGGCGCCCCGGGCGAGCCCGCGAAACCAACAUUAAAAUACAAGCCGCGCGCCGUCGGCCGCCGAAGCAAAGAAGAGCGCGAGGCGAUUGAGAAACUCGAAGCGGAGCGGCACCGCGAGAGACUUAAGGAAGCUGCUGCUAUCCAGCGCGGACGGGGAGGUUCGCGCGGGGGACCGUUUGGGCGCGGACGAGGCGGUGGUGUUGGUGGUGCGGGGGUUGGGGGGCCGUUGGGGGCUGGGACUGGUGGUGGGGGUGGGAGACGGGGUAGGGGAGGACGGUUUGGGGGUGAUGGGGGGAGGGGAGAUUCGCGGGCAUCGUCGAUGGGGCAUCGGAGUCGGACGAGGUCUGUUAUUGAUAUUGGGAGUGCGGCGGCGAGUCGGGAUGUGUCGUCUGAUGAGAGUGAUUCGGGGAAUUUGGUCGAUAUUGAUCAGAUUAACCUUGAUAGUGAUGAGGAAGGGUUUGUUCCUGAUGAGGAGCCGAAGAAGGGGAAGGGGAAGAUGGCGAUGGCGGAUGAUGCCGAUGAGAGGGGGCUGCGGCCGAUUCGGGUGGAAAGACAUGAGCAUGCGGAGCGGGUUGUCAGUGUGAACAUGGAGUCUAGCUCGGGCAAAUCGGCAGAGCUAAGGGAGCAGGCUAAGGCCAAGACUGAGGAUGAUGAUGAUGAUGAUGCCCUGUUUGUGCCGCAGGAGGACCAAGUGGAAGAGGUGCGCGUGAAGGAGGAGCCUACGGACGAGGGCGACCAGGUUAUGAAGGAUGUCCCUACCACCGCGGCAGAUGAUACAGCUGCGGAUGUGGAUGAUGAAUUCCUUCCAGCGCAAAAGGUCAAGGUACGACGGAACUUGAGCAAGGAACCGACGAGCAAAGAGGCGACACCGGCACCGGCGCCGACGCCAGCACCCACCAAGGACCCGAAGAGUUUGCUACGGACUAAGGAGGAUAUUGAGGAAUACGAGCGCCAUGAGCAGGAUCUAGUGGCGAUCAAGGAUCUGCUGAUCACGGAGCCCAAAUCGCCCAAGGAGAAGGAGCCUCAGCCGGAAGAACCUACCACUGUGGAGGGCGAGGGCGAUAAGCCUGAGACCGCGGCGGAAGAAAAAGAGGGAGAGGAAGAGAAGCCAGAGGAAGAGGAGAUCGACGACAAACUUUCUGGGCAGCUAUUCCUCGUCCAGUUCCCACCUAUGACGCCGAACCUUGUCGUUCCCUCUGCUACCGACGGUGAAGGCGAAGCGCCCACCGAACCCACCACCACCAACCCCGAACCUCAACCAACCGAACCCACCGUCAAACACGAAGACACCAACGACCCCGAACUCAUCACCGACACCACCAUCCAACACCCCAAACUCGUCACCGCCAGCGACCAACAACUCCCCGCUGGCCGCGUGGGCAAACUCAAUGUCCACGCAUCCGGCAAAGUGACACUGGACUGGGGCGGAAUAAGCUUCGAACUGGACAAAGCCACAGACGUAGACUUCUUGCAGGAGGCGCUGAUCUUGUCAACCCCGCCAACUCAGGCGGGGAUGACGGCGGAGGAGAUCAAGGCGUCGGAAGAGGAGGAGAAGAGAGUUUGGGCGAUGGGGCAGUUGAGUGGGAAGUUUACGGUGACGCCGGAUUGGGCGAAGAUACUGUGAUUGCAUACUUGUACAUAGAACAGCAUAAAUCAGGUGGUUUGAUGUUGCAUGAUCACGAAUGCCGGUGUGUUCUGUAUGUGCGAAGAAGCAGGGACCUGAUAUGUCACCUGUUGGUGACGCGGUUUCAGUAUGUCGGACUUGUAUACCGCAUACUUGUAGU